AUGCGGGAGGCCACUGAUUUCUCUGCGUUGACUCAGAAUUUCCGUGACGAUCUGGCCACAGACGUGGUAGGAAUGGAAACUGGCUCUGCAAUAUUGGGCAAUCCCAGUAAUAUGAUCCAGGAAGGAGAUACAAGGGUUGUUGAUACCCAACACCUUCGUACCAUUUCUGGCCUGAAUGCAAGAUUGAAAUACCAUUUGAGCUUGCUGAAGCUCGACAGCCCGAACGAUCAGAACGAGGAUGCUAGUCUAGCACCCAUCUUCACAGCACCGGUUCUUUACCAACCGGGACAGGGUCCAUCACAAUAUGGCCUACUGGGAGGUGUCAAAAAGGUCAACGCAUCCGGCUUCUCAAGCCCAGAGACUGAGAUACUGGCAAAGGACCCCCGGCUGUUUUUCAACGUUGCUUCACCAUCGAGCACGUUCAUCUGUGGAUCUCAGGGAUCUGCAGGCAGGCUUCUUAGCCCCCUGACAGCUGUCGUCUUUCACUACGAUACGUUUAUCUGCGACAAUGGUGGUUCGCCGUGUGAGGCGGCGUUCCUCGCGUCGCACUCUAACGUCAAAGGGACGUACUCAAGAUUCAACAUCAAGGUAGAGCCGCUCCAAAUAGACCAGGCCAACCUCAACACCAAGCGUAUGAUGGAUCUCAUGGCAGUGGGCCAAGAUAAGGGCCCUGUGCCGCUGUACAUGCACACUGUCCAGCGGAUUCUACGAGAGAUGCGGCUUUUACAACAAGCGUCGGGGUCACAAUUCGACUAUCGUGACUUCAAAAAAAGGAUACUUGACUCUGGCCUUCUUCCAGGUCAGCUUGAGCCUCUGAAACAACGCCUCGAUACCCUUGAAAGCUUUAUGCCUCCCGGACAAGCAGAUAUCACCAAGAACAACAAGAAAAAGAAGAACAGUGCCCCAAGCCCAGGAUCCAACUGGACUCCAAAGCCAUCGCAAUUGACAAUUGUUGAUCUCUCCUGUCCUUGCAUCUCUCCUGAUACAGCCUGUUCCCUUUUCAAUAUUUGCUUCGGAAUCUUCAUGGAGCAGAACACAAAGGUUGGGAGGGUCGUGGCACUCGAUGAAGCGCAUAAGUAUAUGAAAGACUCCGUCGAAGCACGAAGCUUUACGGACACCCUUCUUUCUACUGUUAGGUUGCAGCGACAUCUCGGAGCUCGUAUCCUGAUUUCAACCCAAGAGCCGACAAUCUCAAGUGACCUCUUGAGUCUGUGCUCGGUCACCAUUGUUCACAGAUUUUCCUCCCCGGCAUGGUUGCGCGCGCUUCAAGGCCAUGUUGCUGCUGCCGCGUUAGGUGCGCAAUCAGAUCAAAAAGCAUCUGCCAACAACGAGGAGUACCCAGGGGAUCUUGAGGUACCAGGUAAAUUUGCAUUGUUUCAUCGGAUCGUGAAUCUUCGGGUAGGUGAGGCUUUGCUUCUUUCUCCUAGUGCGAUGCUGGGCACUACGACAGAGACAACCCGCUCUCCGCAACUGAACAAGCUGGGCUCAGGUUACAUGGUAAUCAAGAUAAGAGAUAGGCUGACGGAGGAUGGUGGCAAAAGCGUUGUGUCGUCUUGA